AUGCCUAUAUCGCCAAACGGGCAUGCAUCGAGAUAUAAGUACUACGUACACUUAUAUCUCGAUGCGGGCAUGCAAAAGCGUACUAAAGAUCAAAGGAACAAAAGAAGAAAGAGGAUACUGCUCCAAGCAUAUCUUAUUUCACAUUGGUUCGCAUCUAGAAAGGAUAAAUUAUUGAUUAGUGUAGCAUUGACUGCAUCUUUGAUCGCGGGUUUGAUACUUCCUUAUGCGAUCACACUUGUAGCAAACAUCUUCCAAACUAUGAUAACAUAUGAUAAGUCUAGGAAAGGGGGGAAACGGGACGAUACAGAAUUCCUAAUGAAUAUGCAUAAAUUCGGGAUCAAUUACUCUUGUGUCGGAGUUGUGCUAUUUACAUGUGUCUAUCUAGGAAAUGCCUUCAUGAAUAUUACUGCUAUUAACCAGAUCUAUAGAUUGCGAAGAGAAUACUUAAAGGUUGCAUUAAAUCAAGACUUUGCCUAUUUUGAUGUUCAUCAAACCACAGAUUUUGCAUCUAAGAUGGCUGAUGACGUGAUAAAAUUAGAAGAAGGUAUCGGAGACAAAGUGCCAUCGUUCAUAUACAGCGUGACCACUGCUAUUGGGUGUAUAUGUAUGGCUGUCUUUAAAGGAUGGAAGCUGGCUCUUCUUUGUCUCAUUACUACACCCGUCACAUUCGCGCUAGUCGGUUUAACUGGAAGGAUAGCAGAUCGUCUGUACAAAAAAGAGGCAAUACAAACAGGUCACGCAAGUGCUAUAGCACAUGAAGUAAUAAGUUCUAUAAGAACUGUUUAUGCUUUUAAUGGCCAAAAGAAAGAGUUGGAGAGAUAUACAAAACCUCUUGCUAAAUCUAAGAAGAUUUAUAUUAAAAAGGCUCUUGGAAAUUUGGGCCUGGUUGGCUCUCUAGUCCGGUCUUUCGGGGUGGCGCGCGGUGCUGGUGCUCAGAUUUAUCGUCUCCUGGACAGUGUCCCUACAAUCAAUCCAUUAUUAGAUCGUGGACUGAAACCUUUGACGGCUGAAGGCGUUAUUGAAUUUAAGAAUGUUGAUUUUUAUUAUCCCUCUAGACCUGACGUGCCGAUACUAAAGGGCGUAAGUCUAAGCGUAAAACACGGAUAUUCGGUAGCUUUAGUCGGCCACUCCGGCUGCGGCAAGUCCACUAUAAUACAACUCAUUUCUAGAUACUACGACGUCUGCAAUGGAAGUGUAUGUUUAGAUGGUAAUGACGUGCGCACUCUGUCGGUAGUGUGGUUGCGCUCUCAGAUAGGCCUGGUCGGCCAGGAGCCAGUACUAUUCAACACAACUGUUCGGGAAAACAUUCGCUAUGGGAGAGAAGAUGCCACAUAUGAAGAUAUAGAAGCCGCUGCUAAGCAAGCUAAUGCUCAUCACUUUAUCAUGAAACUGCCUAAGGGUUAUGAUACUUUAGUAGGGGAACACGGAGCAUCCUUGUCUGGUGGUCAAAAACAACGCAUAGCAAUUGCUCGGGCACUUGUGCGUCAGCCUCGUCUUCUACUUCUAGAUGAAGCUACUUCAGCGCUUGAUACUGCCUCUGAAGCAAAAGUACAAAUAGCACUUGAGAAGGCCGCGAAAGGUCGUACUACAAUCGUAGUUGCCCACCGUUUAUCAACAAUCCGGCACGCAAAUAUGAUAUAUGUAAUGAACAGCGGUGAGCUUGUGGAGUCUGGUACCCACGAGGAGUUGAUGGCGAAGCAUGGCCACUACUAUGAUAUGGUUGGUUUACAGGAGCCAAUGAAAAUUCCUUCGACAGAUGAUGUUCUCACGAGAGAGGAUUCUACGCUGUCAGAAGCUUACGUCAUGGAAAAUUUAUCUAAGACAGUGCUCCAGAUGUCUAGUGAUGAUGAUGAGGCAAAAGUGGCUAAUGUGUCUUUCUGGCGGGUCUUGGCCCUGAAGUCGAAGGAAUGGAAGUGGAUGGUGGCGGGUACUGUUUGCUCUAUGUUCGUCGGAUUCACUAUGCCCCUGUUCAUCGUUCUGUUUGGCGAUUUGUUUGGCUCAAUGUCAAAUCCUGAUACAAAAGUUUUGAUGAGCAAAGUCGACACAGUUUCUGCAAUGUGUGUAAUUAUUGGAUUGGUAAUGGGCAUUGCCCAUUUAAUUGAGGCAGUCUCAUUUGCAAUAUCAGGCGCAAACCUCACAGAAAAGUUGCGGUUACGAAUGUUCGAACACAUAUUGAAACAGGAUGUAAUGUUUUUCGACGAAAAAGCUAACUCCACUGGCGCGUUAUGUGCCAAACUUUCUGCUGAAGCUUCUUAUGUACAAAGUGCAACGGGUCAACGAAUAGGUAUUUGUUUUCAAGGUUUGGGCUCUAUUGGUCUGGCGCUAGUCCUGGCGAUGUUAUAUGAAUAUCGGGUUGGAUUACUCGCGUUGGCUUUUCUUCCUGUGAUUUUUAUUAUAAUCUAUUAUCAGUCGAAAUCAGCCAGUAAGGAAUCCUUCGGAAAUGCUAAAGCAUUAGAAAAUAGUACAAAGAUAGCCUUGGAGGCGGUGGGCAACAUUCGGACGGUAGUAUCUUUGGGGCUGGAGAAAUGGUUCGUGAGUGAGUACGUACGCGCGCUCACACCUACACUCAAGAUCGCGCACAGGAACGCUCAUUGUCGCGGUCUUGUGUCUGGCCUCUCGAGAUCCUUGUUCAACUUCGUCAAUUCAGCCGCACUCACAUAUGGAGGGCAUCUUAUCGUCACUGAAGGUGUCCGUUAUGAGCACAUCUUAGUAACAACACAAUCCUUGCAAAUGGCUUCCGGUCAAGCGCAGAACGCUUUCACAUUCGCGCCUGAAUUCCAGAAAGGAAUAGCUGCCGCGUCCCGAAUUAUAGCACUGCUCAAUAUGAGAGCAACAAUUUUGGAUCCUGAAGUGCCAGCCGUUGCUCCUUUUGUGGAUAGCGGUAAAACGGUUGCUCUGGUUGGCCGUAGUGGUUGCGGAAAGAGCACUGUGAUAGAACUGCUUCAGAGGUUCUACGAUCCCAGUGCAGGAUGCAUUUACUUAGAUGAAAUAUCACUGGCCAACGUGAGGAUGUCCGAGGUGCGGAGUUCAUUUGGCUUGGUGUCACAGGAGCCCGUGCUUUUUGACUACAGUAUAGAAGAGAAUAUCGCGUACGGUGACUACGCACGUUCACCAUCACACUACGAUGUCGUAGAAGCUGCUAAACUGGCCAACAUACACGACUUCGUAAUAUCCUUGCCACUCGGCUACGAAACAAACAUUGGGCCGAAGGGGAUGCAGUUAUCGGGUGGACAAAAACAACGAGUGGCAAUAGCGAGAGCAUUGAUACGAAAACCCAAAAUACUGUUGCUAGACGAGGCCACCAGUGCUCUUGAUACCGAGAGCGAGAAGGUAGUGCAGGCGGCUUUAGACGCAGCAAGUGCAUCGUGUACGUGUCUGGUGAUCGCGCACCGCCUCAGUACCGUCCGUGACGCACACCUCAUAUGCGUUGUCAGCGGGGGGGUGGUCGCAGAAUCCGGCACGCAUCACGAGUUGCUCGACCUUAGAGGCCUUUAUUACCGUUUGCACUCUAAUAAUUAA